AUGCAUCUCAUGUACACCCUCGACGCCCAAGGCAACCGCCUGUACACCCUCAAGAAGGUCGCCCAAGGCCAAGUCACCAAGUCCGCCCACCCCGCGCGCUUCUCCCCCGACGACAAGUGGUCGCGCCAGCGCGUUACUCUCAAGCGACGAUUUGAGCUUCUCUUGACUCAGCAGAAGGACGAAUAA